AUGCCUCUGAUUGCUUCGAGUAAGUUUUUUUGACAGCUUUACUGGUAACUGCUUCUACGCAAUACAGAGAUGACAUUAUAUGAAGAGGCUAACGAUGUUGAAUUCUUAGGCCCUCUAACUUUCCUAAGGGAUACCAGUGUACGUUGAGUAGUCGUGAAGUAUCACUGGGAAAAGUCCCCGAGAGUGGGACGACGGGUUAACGACGUUACUUAAGUCCGAAACACUCAUUUCGAUCUCAGUGGGUAGCGCACCUGAACUACCAACCGCACAUUGGUGUGUGGCCGCCCAUGACGGCUACAGAUCUCAUCUCUGACAUUGUUAGUGCAUAUUGCAAUGUUUUAUGUGAACUGGGAGUUCUCUCUCUAGGGACGAAAAAAAUAGUGCGGCAUAGUACGUAGUCUGGAAAACUUACGGGUAGGUAAAAACGCAGACUUAUUUUGAAAAUAUACAAGAAGUACUAAAGUUUUCAGCUCAUCAUUACUCCUUUAAGUGCCAGGCUUGAAAAGGUAAUUCCACACGCAGCGGGUGUAAGAGAUUUAUUUCUGUAUUUUGGGACAUACGUCUAAGGUUUUGAUGCUAAAAAGGAUGGGGAAAAUUUCAGUACUUGAAUUAUAUAUUUCCAUUAACAAGCUUUUCAUGGGGGAUUGGAAGCUUUGUCAGCCAGCAGCCACCUUCCUACAAUGUGCAAGUUACGUUUGCUAGUUACGUGCUAGUCAGUAUUGCAGCCCCCCGCGAUCUUUUGCAUGCGGGCUCAUUCGUAUACUUCAGGCAAUCCUCCAUGCGUUCCAACUUAUGGUCUUAAUUCGUUCUUCUGUCUUCCCAUGUUGCUGUCCUUGCAUCUGCUGUCUCUUUACCUCGAAGCGCAAACCAGGUUACCUCUUCGGCUGUUGGCUGACCGGAAUUCCUUUUGAAUGUCAAACUUUGUGAGAGCUGACCGCAUCCCUCAUCCAGUCGCGCUGACACUCGCAGCAGCCUAUAAGGCAGUUUAGUGGGGGUAUACAAUUAGGUUUUUGCGAUAAUGAAAAGGGCAUCGGCCCUUCAAAGACCUGUCCUCUCUUUUUGAUGGUCACGCUCGUUCUUCGUUUUGCUUCGUUUCGCGAGCUCCGUGAUCGGCCAGUAAACCGUGUAAGGUUGUGGCCGUUUCACUAACUGAAAAAAAACAGCCUAAAGAGGUUUAUUUAUAAAUAAUUCAGAACAGAUUACAGCACGGUAGGCACUACUUACGCCAGAGAGGUGUGACUGGCAGGACAGACUACGAUAUUUAUUAGUGACUGAUUCGCGCUGGUUGUGCGUCCAGACCGGGAGGGCCAGAAUCCGCAACCGGACUUUGAUAAUUGGGUUUUAAGCCAAUUACCCUGCCGUUAGCUACUGGCCAGCCGGUUGCCAUCAGCAGUAUUAAAGCACAUUGAUGGGACCUUGGAAGAUUUAAAUCAUUAUGAUCCAUCUUGUCUUGUCGGUAGUGUCUCUCAAUCGUUUAUUGCUCGUCGUUAUUCGAUCGCUUGUGACGGCUAAACGGGGCUUCCCAUUAUUUCUAAACUGCUUGUUGGAGGAGGCAUUUCCGACUAAUUGGGUUGCGCCUGCUGUUGCCUUUAAACGAGAGUAAACGAACAAACUCCGCCUCAUCUGUAGCAAGUGUCAGACUGUGGUGUCUCAUUGAUGCGUCUUUACGAGGCCCUUCACGCAUUUGAAAUUCCGCUCGUGUGUGGCACGCCUUAGACAGUGGCUCUGCGCUACGUCAGGCUCUGCGACCAGUCUUAUCUUGAGUCGGGUUCACACGGACAGACUAAUGGCUCAUAGGACUGGUCAGAGAAAUUUGAGCUCAUCCACCCCAACUGCAGUGUUUAGUUUCAGCAUGAUAUAUGUGUAACCAUCUGUGCCCUGAACUAUCACGACGCGCGUAUAGUUGUGGCUUGUAAGGACUGCAAACCAGACUACAGUGUCCCGUCCCCGUGUGGCCAUCACGACAGCCUUCUCGACUGAGAGACCCGGAUCCAUCUCAUCCUCUGAAGACUAGCUCAUAUGGAGUUGGGACGAGAAUGCAUGUGGUGCGCACAACUGUGACUGAAGCCACUCCAGGCUCUUCUCUCAUCUCCUUCUCCAGUCGUUUUGUUUUUGUAUUGCUACUGGAACGCCAUAAGCGUGGAAAUGGUGGAGCGGGUGCGACCAAGGUCUGCUUUGUUAUAAACAACUUCCUGCGCAAGUCUCCGAUGUGUGGACCCCGUGGCUUACGGCGAUUUAGAUAUCGAGUAAAUAUCUCCAUGCGGGCAGGGCCUUGCAGUUAAAAAAAAUCCAGAUGGUCUUCGGUUAGAUAAUUCGACUGACCUACGGCGUAGAGCUCAUCUGCGGACUGUCCGCGCACUGAGUGUGUGUGCAUACCUGUUUUUUCCACUUAUAGUGUUGGUCGGGCAUAGCUGGCGGAAUUGAGGCGUAACCAAAUUAGGGAAAGUAGCUGUCCCAGUCCUUCCCUCGUCUUUGUUUGUCCAGCACGGUUAUGCAUAUUCUUCCAGCUAAUCUAAUCCUUAUUAAAAUAACGGCAGAUGGCCUCCGCUGACCCUUUCCUCAACCUACCAUUGACAGACGUUGGAGAGCUUUUCGAACGCCGAAUACCGUAUUGCUUUCUUUUCCAUGCGAUUCGUUCUAUUCGUGAAAGCUAUUUAAUUAUACCAAUUUGUGAUAUUUUUGGGAAUUCGAUCGUUUUUUUGCCACGGGGAUCUUUAGGAUCCUGUUUUCUUCUUUAGGUCAGUUUAGGACGCCACUUGGGAUUUCGUCUGUGUUGCUAGAGUGGCGAGAAGUGCAAUACGCCCCUAUUUUACCUGGUUUCCCUCUUGGCAAAAAUUCACUCACAUUGAACCACGCCUAGGUCAAGAGCACUCCCUUUGUUUAUGGUAACUGUGUUCUUUUCUUCUGUAUGUAGAAUCCGGACUUGGAGUACACAGCACGUAAUAUAUGUUAACAUACAAUGGGCUAGGUAGAACAGAGAUUACCCCGACCAAGGACCUAGUUCCGGAAAGUAAUACAUUUGACAUCAGACACAAAGUCACCACUUGUCCUUACGAAUAUCUGCCCGGCUGGGAAUCGGCCUCACUCCAUGCAUUGUAGCUCUUAGGUAAUGUUAAAAUUGACCGGACGGCUGACCUCAACUUCAGUUUAUCUCUCGAACGUUGUUACGACUUUAUUCACUGCGCGAUGCCAAACAUUUUCAAGGCGUGGUUUCAGGUUGCACAGAUCGCUGAUGUUUCCAUGCAUCCAUGCGGCCUCGGUGCUCCCCACUGCUUCACCAUCCUUUUUUUAGUGGCUUAGGGUAACACAACCUACUAAUUAAGGCCCAGUUAAGCUGAAAUUGUUGGUUUUUAACUACACUGACCUCUUUUCCCCUUUCUCUACCUCCCCCCCCUCUUUCUUUCCUUCUUUCUAGUUCCACCUCUACAAGAAAACUCCAAGUUCACGUCUACCGGUAGCAUCUUUCUGGCCACUGGCCGAUCAACCAGUUCUAGCAGCAACGGCAGUUCCCUACACAAAGGCGCCGGCGAGGCGCGCAUCGACGACCCCUCUGCCCUGGACGACGCCAAUGCCGUCACGCCCUAUGCUAGUGCGUCCCUUAUUGAGCAGUUGCGCUGUCAAGGCCACAGUAGUCAGCCGGGCCGACGGGACAAUCCCGCCGAACGAGGUGGUGGUGGUGGUGGCGCCGGCCCCGGCGGAAUCCUCUUGCCUUUCGGCGGGGUCAUCCCCCCACCACCGCAGUACCCGCCACCCCCGGCGCCUGAAUCGCCCCCACCUAGUACCAUCAAUUCGGACUCUGCUGCCGUGGCAUACAAACCACCGCCACCGGCCGCAGCAGGAGGUGUCGGCAUGGCGUUGUACCAGGGCGAUGCCUGUCACUACGCCCAGAGUGACCUUCAGAGGGUGGGGGGCGAAGAGCCGCAGCCUCACCUGCGUCACUACCAGCAGCAGCAGCAGCAGUACAUAAUGCAACAGCAGGAACCACACUUUGUUGGUCUUCGGCAUCUUCCGCAGACCUAUGCAACCUCGCGCCCGGAUGAUGACCUGAAGGUCCCUGCUGCGGCGGCACGACCGCAGGGCGCCUAUCUGCCCGUUUGCAAUGGCCCCCUCUAUCCAGCACAGGAGUACUGGCCAGGUGGAACGGCUGACCCAGCAGGCGGCUGUGUAAUGCCCAACGUAACUACGUUACCCAACCGCGGUAAGUUCACCGCGUUCCUGCAUAUCAUCAAUUUCCAGCUGCCACAGUUAAGAAAGAUACAGUAGGUGCGCUAACUCAUGAAAUGUCAACCGAAAUUCUGAAAUGCGUUUUCCUCUCGGAAAGAUUCAGUAAGUAGAGUUAUAAAACUAAUCAGCUCGCAACGUACCGAUAUAACAAUUCAGUUAUCUCAGGAUGCCGGCUUUCGAACCGACUCCUUUACGGCCGUAUACAAAAAGCCACGCAUUUCAAAAAGUGACCUCUUGAGUACUAUGCAUUCUUCUCAUUGAUUUUCAAUGUCCCAAAAAAUGCAACCAUAUUUCAUGGAAAACAUACAUAAAAGUAUUCAUUCUUUUGCUCAUUUGGUAGAACACUACGUCUUCCUCCAAUUUUAUGCUCGAAGGAAUGGUAUAAUUCGGCUCUUAAAAACUUUUCCAAUUCGCGAAUAAUUUUGAACCCGACCUGCCAUUACACUCGCACUCAGGGUUUUCAAAAUACCAACCGUGCAUUUUCCGCGUACGGGAAACCACACAUUUCUUUAUUGUAUAAAGAGGAGACCAUAUGGGGUUCAUAAAAUUCAGCAGUGGGUUUGAGCCACAUUGGUAACUUUAAAAGCCACAUUGGUUAAUGCAGAGACAUGACAUUGUCUGAACGGUCAUUUCACGGUCAUAAAAAAUCUCACAAUUAGGAACUUUUUAAAACCGAAUUAUACCAUUCCGUCGAGUAUAAAAUUGGAAGAAGACGUAGUGUUCUACCAAAUGAGCAAAAGAAUGAAUACUUUUAUGUAUGUUUUCCAUGAAAUAUGGUUGCAUUUUUUGGGACAUUGAAAAUCAAUAAGAAGAAUGCAUACUACUCAAGUAGUCAUUUUUGCAAUGCGUGGUUUUUUGUACACAGCCGUAAAGGAGUCCGUUCGAAAGCCGACAUCGUGAGGUUACUGAAUUGUUAUAGCGGUGCGUUGCAAGCUGAUUAGUUUUAUAACCCUACUUAAUUAAUCUUUCCGAAAGGAAAACGCAUUUCAGAAUUUCGGUUGACAUUUCAUGAGUUAGCCCACACACUGUAACUGUCCAUAUUAUAAGUGAUAAGACGCUUGGCAUGGCUGCCGGAAGCUUAUUCCUUCACAACCACUGAAGCCGGAUAAACUGUUGUCGGUUGCGUCCUCGACUCCCUAGGAAGCACGAAAGAGAUUGAAGUAGCGUCAACGCCUUCAUGUCCUGUGCAAUCGAUGGCCGCCACAACUUCUACCUGCUUUUCGUUUCGCCUCGAUUUUUUCAACCUUACCAAGGACGGGCUGGUCAGACUGACCAAGAACUUAUGCAGCACACAUAGGUUUCGACAAUAAGUCUGAAGCAACAUCAUCGAGGUUCAAUCGCUCGCUCACUACUGCACUCCGACGCUGGGAUGCAUUGUUUGCAUAGACCAAAGUAAAGCUAUUGUGGAUAUAAAGUCAUGAGGUAUGCGUGAUAAAAGUUCGCUAGUGGCUGGUUGUUUGACCACAUUUUUGUCUAAUAACCAUAGGGCUUGGUACUUUUCCCAAAUGUGCAUUAAAGUGUCCAGGGAUCUGCCUUCUUCACACCUCACCCAGCGUCGUCAGCGAACUAGGCUUGAAUUGCGACUGGUAGACAGUCGAUGCUCCACCUGGGUAUGUUGUACGUAUCUCAGAACACUAUUUCUUCUUCCUCGGUCAGACGGGUCUAACUCCAGGAAGCAGUCGUGAAGAGGGAACCACGAUCGUCGGAACAAGAGCUUUGUUCAUCUUGUGCAUGAACUACCCGUAUUUGCAAUUAUCACUGAUUAUGGAUUCGAGCCAGAGUCCAAAACGUUGGUCGAAUAAAGCUCAUGUCCCAGCAAUUGUGUCGCAGGGCCUGACUCAGUUUGCGCAGUGCCGUACCACCCUGCUUGCUGCAUAGUGACCUGGUAGCGGCCGAACUGUUUAAAGCACCUAUCUGUAUCCUUGAAGCCAGGAGAUCGAGUCUUAAACCGACCAAGUGUAACCUUGACAAAAUUUGGAGUGUUCAUCGAUCCUGGAUGAUCGUGAGCCCUGGGAUGGUGGAAAUUGAAAGGUAGGACGAUGUCAUGUGCCAGCUUAACUCUGACAGCCCCCUCCGGUAACCUGCUUCACUGUAAACAACACUAUGGUCGAACGCGUUCCAACCAGCCUCAAAUUUUGGCAAGUUCUUUUAUACGUGAAGAACGUCUCGGAAGCCGUCAGCCGCCUUCUCACUCUACUUGGAGUUGGGGUUACACACAGGCAGGAAGCAACCAUCAGGCCCAGGUCAUGAGGCCGAAAGACCCACUACCACGGCAGAAAACGUCUGGAGUCGUUUACCGGAUCUGGUGUAGUUGCGGACUGAGCAACUACGUCGGAGAAACUGGGAGAUGACGCCGGAUGCAGAUGGCCGAGCACGCAGUAAUGGUGGUUUGUUCAUUGACCUAACUCCCCUCUGCCAUGAUUAUAUGAUUCCACGGUGGCCGUGCAUCAGAGCCAUUUUGCUAGGCACGCACGAACACUAGACAAUGGCUGAGUAAACGAAGACGCAAGGAAAACCCGCGAGGCCUUAACAACAGGUUGGAAUGCACUUUGGCAGAGGGAUAUCGUGAGGAAAUCCAUUAUUUACGAUUUCUUUUCCCCCUUAAUUAGUGUUCCACACGUGUGCUGAGACCUGACAUGGGUUUCCCUGUAUUCGCAGUUAGACAGGUUGUUAGUUUGGAGCUGCUACGUCUCGCGUCAAAGGAUGCUCGAUUAGCUUGAUAAAAGAUGGAGGUGUUUGACCGACAGAGACAGGGGCAGUGAAAUCGCUAUUCCUGACUUAUUUGCCAUUCUCAGUCGAUGAUACCCCCAAACCAGGACGCACACCUGAAGUUUGAACUCGAGUCGGUUGAUCGCCGACCAACUCCUCGUCCACUGCACUACGGGCUCAUGUCAUGCCGGCUGCCACCCUGCAUGUCUCAGAUACUUCUGGGUGUCCUUAUUUGAUUUUAAGGCGUCUGUGUAAGGUAGAAUAAGACUUUUGCCGGCUUGAACGCAGGGUAGUUGAUCUGUCGCCUGAAAUAGGCGUAAACUCACGAACAAUUUCUAAUAGCUCGGAAGUUGGCUUAAAUUCACCAGUUAAAACCCUUGAUAAAAUAUAAUCCUCAGUUACGCAAAAACUUGGAAGAAUUUAAACUACGUUGGCCAGAGACGGCACAGUUUAUGAAGGGCAGAAGUACGAAAUCUGCAAAAGUGCUUGUCCGACGGGCAAGCAUGAUUUGUAGAAAUGUGUAAUGCGUGCUAACGCAAAAAUUGAACAGCAAUUCCGUUUAAGCAAACACUGUCUAAACCUCACUUUGAAGAUUUCGACGACCAUGCGUUUGUGCAGUAUUGACGCUUUUCGUUUUUAUUUGUUCGAUACGGGCCUGGUCGGGAGAAAGAUGACCUUAUAUGGCUUCCUGGGUUGGGUGUCGUAUGAAUAAGCACUUUCGUACCAUCACUUGCUCAGAUGUUGGCCAGGGACUAAAAAAAAGUGAACUGUGUUUGGAAAACGCAAUCUAAGUUAUACGGUGGCAUUCAUAUACCAUCGUGUGCAUGGGGAGAAUAUUCCUUCCGUAGAAUUGCUGCCUACUUUCUGGCGAAAGUGGAUUAGGUUGAUCCUCGAGGCGUCCUUGAAAUAUGAGUGGAUACUUUGCGGUUUUGGGUGGUCUCUGUCAACUACCUGUCCUUUGUAGUUACCUAAUUCACAAAAUAAGACAAUUGACAGGGGCCUUUGCUCAUUUAACGACUUCUUAGACGUUCCUCUUUCAGCAAAUGUUAGUUGUAGGCAUAUUUGUUAGUUCACCUAGACUUGAAAUCUGAUUACUGAGGAUAAUGGACUUCCAGAACCAAGGCCUGUUGCAAAUAAGGCUUCGGCAAAACAAAACACCUUCAAUGAUAAGCCCCGUCUCUAAUAGGCACCUUUUAGAGUAUUUCGCACACGAAUGCUUGCAUUGUUCAUCUUUUCCUGAGUAAGCUUUGGGAAAAUACUAAAACCUUGUGCAUGUUACCGGCUAUUCAUCUGCAAAGAGGCCAAUGACUUCUUUCCCCUCUUUAUUUUGAGAUGGUUAAAUUUUCCCGUAUUGCGUCUGGGCCAGCUAAUAUAAAUGCAAAUGCGCUGCAAAGUGGCCGUAUGAACAUUAAAAUACUUAUUAUGCGCCUGACGCGGUGUCCUUCACGCGUCUGCAUCACCUGUCGACUGAAAAAAACUGGACGCGCAUAAAAACACUUUACAAUGAGCGAAAAACUUAAAUGACCAUUCUCUGGUAGACCUUUUCACUGUUUCUUUUAGAACGUGAGUAUAUACUUGAGAUUUAUGAGUCCAGUAAAGCAAACGAAUGCCUCUAACCACUCCUAUUUGGUUUUGGUGGACAUAAUUUCACGAAGUUGCAAAUCAGCAUGCCUAAAGGUAGGAGAUUUCCUGUCUUCCUAUGCUAUACAACUUACUCAUAUCUCUCCUCGCUAAGUUCACGAGACCUAUUUCGUAGACCCUCCUCAUUUAGUUCAAUUCCCACAGCUAGAAAAUUAUGUGCAAGUAUACAGAUAUCAUCUAUGCUGGAUAUUGACGCAUAAGAUUGUCCGAGACUAGAGGUUCAAUUUUUGCCCAAACCUUUUACACAUUUUCGUUAACAAAAUAACCGAGGGACAAUUUGCGCGGAAAAAAAGCUGCUUGGAGUUUGUUUACGCGUUUCAAAGCGGUGUCACUAGAAUUCAAUUAAAUUUUUCCUCUUUCGCAUUGUUCAAGAUGCAGCUUGGCUUGAUUUUUCCGAUAUGGCCGUCACAACGACAACAUUUUCCUUGUCGAGAAGCUGGCUGUCAACUAAGGAAUUAGAAUGCACUUGUCAGAUGAAGUCAUCAGCAUGCCAUUUUCUGUGUAUCAAGGUAAUUUUCCCUCGCAAUUACUCGUGUGUUAUGGCGGCUGUACAGUCCCUUGAGUUCCCCGAUACUGGUGAAUGUCUUGUUGUUUGCGGUGUUCGCAGUCAAUUGCCUGGUAUAAUAGGCUCUGUGGCUUACAUUUACCAAGCCCUUCAAAAGAAGACGGUCCCUGAGAGUUUCUGCCUGGUUAGUGACUUCUUGAACGGUCUUUUUUUAUGCAGAUGGUGGUUUGGGUCAUAUUUAUGGACAAACUUAAACAUAAGGCCUAUUUGUCCAAGGGUAUGGGUGUUCGCCCAGAAUUACUAUGAUCUUAAUCAAACGAAGAGUCAAAAUAUGUCUAUUGACCCAACUGUGAAGAACUCCGCGCCUCGGCGGCAUUCGAACCUACACAGUAAGGGUUCGAAUCCCCCGGAGGCGCCGAGUUUUUCACAGUUGGGUCAAUAUGGAUUAUUCAAAAUCAGCCAAAAACAUCUAUGAAAUCAAAAUAUGUUUGACUAGGGUAUUUCGCUGAUGAAUGGCCAUGUUCCCUGUCAUUUCCUCAAAGAAUGUCCGAAAGGAAGUCAGAAUAUUUUUCUCGUCUGUGCACUUCCGUAAAAGGGUAUUGAUAAAUUUUCUGUCGCAAACAACAAAAGUACGUCUUCUCUUUAUACUGGAACCGUUUUAGUCUCUGCUCUAGAGAAUGGAUACAUAAAUAACGAACUAUUUUCCGUAUAGUUAACACUAUGUCCUUCCAGCUUCGACAACACAUUUUAGCGAAAGUCAAACCGUCAAAAUCGUAUGCAAUUUCAUUGUUAAAGUAGCGCGAAGCAUGUUCUGCAUGAGAACAAGACUUUCCGGAACGUGUUAAUCUAACAAGUAAAACGCACAUCGUUCGAGAUAUCCCAACUGAUCAUCUAGCUUUCGGUCAUCACGUUUCAUUCUGUGCGUGCUACGCCUAUUUCCACUGCUGCAUGACGGAAACGCCAGAGUUUUGAUUCUUAGGUGGGUCUCCAGUGUGCCCCACGUGCUUCCUGUCAACACUCCAGUUUUCAGUUUGCCUUAUCGUCUCGAUCGAUCUCAGUAGACAGGCUAGAAGUAAAGUCGUCGAAACGGCACAUAUCGGACGUAUCUCCAAUUUCUAUAUAAACACUUGAGUAACACACUGCAAAUUCAGUGGGACUCCGUGUGCCUGCAUUUCCAAGUCUAGCAGUUGUAUGCGGUUUAUUCGGAACACUGUCUUGCCACACUCCUAGCCCAGGUACUAUGAGCUAGGCUGCGCGCCCUGCCGAUUUUCCGCUGCUGCUGCAUGAUCCAGUUGCUAGGCGUUCGACAGCUACUUGAACAGUUCGCGUGGAAUCACUUGGGAAAGCAUAAGAGAUCUAUAAUGGUGCAUUGCGUUUGCGUCUGCUAGUAGCAUAAAACAGUCGAGCACAUGUCGGUUGGAAGAUGUCGGGAACGCUCAGCUUAUACUACUGCCUGACUUUCACCUGCGAAGGUUGGGUGGUCAUUAGGUUGAAGUGGACAGUGCUUAGGCGGCACGAUAUGCCAUACGUGACAGCACAGGUGUUAGCUAAAAGCUCAGAUACGUGUUUCGUCGAGAUAUUUUGCCGCUGCCUCUGAAGCGGGUAGUGCUUAAUAAGUUUGCCGAAAGAAUUGGGAAAGAACGGGACUAUUUCCGUUCGGACAACUUCCAGUUCUUACAGUUUUUUUGUGUGCGAGUAUGAAUCGCUUCGUUCUCGUCUUUUGUCAGCCUGUCGAGGCACAAUCUGUGGAUUCUGUCAGAAUUCCAACUCCUUCAGCGUUCAGUACCUACGGUCGAAUUGACGUUUGGAAGGUUAGGGCCUCAGUUCUGAAUUCCGUUUGAGUUCGGCUUUGCCUGAACCAUUUUCUCGAUACUGAAGGCGUCAUAUCCGUGACAUGUUGUCCUUCCUUUUCAUUAUCCAUUGUUAGUGGUUUCUUGUUCUUUCUUCGUCUGUGUGUAAGUGGUUUGUGCCAUCGUGGUUUCUCCAAAUUUCACCUCAUGCCAACUACGCUCACUUGGAAGGUAGUCGACAGAGUGGUGGAUCCGACUCUUAAGCUUUUUUGUUGCGGUUAAUUUCGACACCCGCGUUUCCUUGUAAAUCCGCCUGUCCUCUAUUAUUAACACUUUUUCCGGGCCCGUAGACAUACAAAAAAUAUCAGUAAGUAGAACUGCCACUUUACCCUGCGUGCUCAGCUGCCAUUAAUUUUGCUUUGCCAUAUCGGAACCGUUCAUUCCGACUUCAGUUUGUUUGUUGGUGGUACCGUUACCUUGUUUUUUGACGUUUUUUCUUGACGCCGGCACGUCCUCCAUCUCCGACGGCUUCUGCCAUAAAUCUUCUGAUAGGUGGUCACUGUUCUGCGUAUCCUAUUUGUCAUUUACUUGUGGUACGGGGUCUCCACAGUACUGUUAGUUGUUUCGGUAAAACGCGAAUGUUGAAGCCUAGUGUCAUUCCCUCUCUACUGAUAUCAGAAAUAUUUAAAGUCCACACGACUUACCUAUCCCCUGUCAGCUGCUGGUUUGCGGUGCUCCUGGUUCGUCGUGUAAGUGAAAGUUAUUCGAUUAUUGGUCAGUCAGUUCAUGCGAGAAGGUAGUGACUGAGACCAAGUGCACUCCAUCUCUGGAACAAGAACUUUUCUCGACGGGCACCUGUCGAGCCCGUUUGGGAGUUUAAAGGUUAAGCGAGUACAGUUUUUUUUCAGCGACAAAAUUCACUUCUGUUGAUCGCGCCUUACUGUCCUGCGCUAGUGAAAGCCGUCUCUCAGGUUUCGUGGCAUAACGGGUGGAUGAGCACUGCCCAGGCGAAGCCAAUGAGCUCACCUUCCGCUUAACAUUGUUUUAGGCACUACCAAUUUCGCUUGGCAGUACCUGUCUUAGUUUCACGGUGGGUGUGUGUAUGUUUUCCUUUAGGUGGCGGUUUCUACAUGCCGCACGUGCUCUCGAGCGGCGGCCCGCUGCACGCAGCCUCCGGACCCUCACAGAACGGCAGGCUUUUUAUGCCGCAACCCACUGCCACCCUGCGGGCCCUGCCGCCGCAAAAACAUCUGGCCACCGGUGUUGAUGACUGCGCCGGCCAACGUUUUAUGUCUCUUAACGGUGUGACCUCUGGUGACCCCUCCCGCACUGUGAUGAUGUUAAAUGGCGGCUUCUCUUCGGCCAUCGCUGAUGACGUUAUCCUUCCUCCGACAUGCUCCACUCUGGCGAUGAACUCCACUCACCACGGCCAAGUGCUGCACCCGGAGAAAUAG